ACCAUGACUCAAGACCGGCCUUUGCUGGCUGUGCAGGAGGCCCUAAGGAAGUGCUUUCCGGUGGUGGAGGAGCAGCAGGGCCUGUGGCGGAGUACGCUGAACGACUGCCUGCCGCUGCUGGCCUCUCUCAGCAACCUGGCGGAGCAGCUGCAGGCGGCCCAGAACGUGCGAUUCGAGGAGGUGCCGGCCCUGCGCGCCUUCCCAGACUUAGAGGAGCGGCUGAGGCGCAAGCAGCUGGCUGCCGGGGACACUGUCCUGGACAAGCUGGCUGAGCGCCUGGCCACCCUCCUCCAAGUGCGAGACACCGUCAGCAGCCACGUGGAGCAAGUGUUUCGGGUCCAUGAGCAGCACGCAGAUGUUGUUGGCAUUGAUGCUGCCCUGAAGCCUUCAGUUGUCAGCCCCUCUCUGGCCGACAUGUUAGAAUGGUUGCAGGAUAUUGAGAGACAUUAUCGAAACUCAUAUCCUUUGCAUGAUGGAAGGUACCUGAAGAGAAAAUACCUCCUGUCCUCAAUCCAGUGGGGAGACUUGGCAAACAUCCAAGCUUUGCCCAAGGCCUGGGAGCAGAUUUCAGAAGAUGAACACCAAGACCUUGUGCAAGAUACCCUACUGAAUGUUUCCUUCUUCCUGGAGGAGUAG